GUAGCGUGCCUCCGCCGCGUAGCUGGGUUAUUCAAUUGCCGGAUGCACACGGAACUCCUCAGUGGAUGUCGCCCAUUUUCGCCCUCAACGACGACUGCUUGGAGCAUGUCCUGCAGAAACUGGGGCUGCAGGAUCAGCUGCGAUUCGCCAGGACCUGCCCACGAUUCAGAAGGAUCUACAAGAGGGCCUCUGCCAGGUUGCACAAGUCCAUAAACUCGGACGAGCUAGAGAAAUGCACCAUAAGGGAGAUCGGCACCUUCUUCAAGCUUUCUGGAGCUCAUGUGGAGGCCAUUAAGGUCAUGCAUAUGCGGGAACGUCUAGCCAAGUUGGUGGGGCGGAAAUGCAGCAAUCUGAGAAGGUUGCACUUUGUGUUCUGCCCUAAUAUGCAUCUAUUCAUGAGGUCCAUCAUCGACAAUGCCUAUCACCUGGAGGCCCUGGAGAUUUGCUCCUCAGGCAUUCGCGACGAAGACAUCUCUGCGCUCCGAAACCUGAACAAUCUGAGGGUCUUAGAGUUGAGCAACUGUUAUAUUACUGGGCGCACCUUCCAUGAGCUACCCGCCUCCAUCGAGGUGUUGAAGCUUAACUGCCUGAACUUGGAGGUCGACUGCCUUCCCAGGACCUGCAAGCGCCUAACCAAACUGAGAUCCCUCGACCUCCUGCGUUUGUACAGGUAUGACGAGGUCUUUAAAACGAUGGUAACGGAGAAUGCUUGUCCUUCGCUGGAGGUGCUCCGAUUUACCAUGGCCCUCAGCGGCACCAGCGAGUAUGUGGCUCAGCUGCCAGGCCUAAAGCAGCUGACGAUUUGCACUGAUUUACUGGACACACAGGAACGGCAGCUCUACAAUAGAUUACUGACCAUACUCGUCGACCGUCUGGUGGAGUACAAGGACCAGGAACUAGAGCACCUUACAAUAGGUGCCCGCCUAACCGAGGAGCAGAUCAAACAGGUGGGCCGGCUUGGCAGUCUUCGAGUCCUCUGCUUGUCCUGGGUGGACUUUGACUAUACACCGAUCGCCCGACUCAAACUCUUGGAGAAGAUUGUCUUCAAUGAACCCUGUUUCAAUGACUCCAUGUUGUUGCUCCUGUUUGACGCCUGUCCGAAACUACACUACUUGGGAUUAAAACAAACCUGCCUCAACGAAAAGCUGAUAUAUGGGAUCGCAGACCGUGUUCGCCAGGAGAUGAUCAGCGACAACAUCAAGAGAAAGCUUCCUAUUGAACUGGAAUUUUGUACGAGCGACAAGGAAAUUAGAAUGUUUGUUUGCAAUAAUCCUGAAGCGGCUCCCAAAAAUGUCAUUAAAUUAAAAGGAUAUAACGAUUUUAGCUUUUGGGCUGGCUGGAUUUGUUAAGUUUAAGGUUGUUAAAAAGAAAUUUCUAAAUUGUUAUAGACUUAAUAUGAAGUGAAGUUAUUGCGAGC